UGAAAUAGCAACUUUAUUUACACUCCGCUGGUGCACACGGAUCAUCAAACAGGGUUGUCCUUCAGUGCAGCUAACCAGCUAGCCUGAUCUACGGCUCAUUGUUGGAGUUCUCGCAAUAACAGCUUCUUAAAGGAGAAUAGACCGCGCUGAACGAUGGCGACGAGGAUUUGGCCUGUUAUGAAACUGGCCACCAAGGUGACCAUUGCAGGAGGAGCUGUCUAUGUUGCCUAUGACUCUGGUCUCUUGGGGAACAGUGAACAGGGCUCAGAGGCUCUGCGUAAGGCCAAAGCAGUAAUCCCACCUGCCAUGGAGGAAUGGAUGAAGUACUUUGGUGUGGAGGCUCAGCUUCCAACCAUACCUAAGAUUGAGUUCUCUCCUGUUGACGCGUGGAAUUCUGGCGUACAGUGGACGAUUUCAAAUCUUUCUGAGGCCCCGACAAAAGCCACUGAAUACACAAGUCAGGGGCUGCAGUACUUGAAGGACCUCACAAAGUGAACAUGAACUCUCUGGACAGCCUCACAUUAUCAGUCCUUUUGACUUUUGCACUUCAGAAUGACAUUACUUCUUCAAAUGUUGAACCCUGCCAUAAGAAUGAAGCAACACACAACAUCAAAGAAAACUGCUAGAUUAAAAGAUUAAAAGCAAGGAGGCUACUCUGCUGAAUGGGUACUGUGGUUUUCUAACUGAUAGUGGCCUUUGAUGGGAGAUGUACAUAAUGGGAAGGAAAUUUUAUUUUUAAGAAGGCAAUCUUUCAUUUUGUGUAUACCUCAAAAUUGUGUAUACCAAAUAGUUGCUAUCGGCACUGUCCAGCAGAGAGUGUUAUUCUGCCCUCACCUUGCCCAAAAAAUGUUAAGAAUAUCUGUGUGUGUGUGUGUGUAUAUAUAUAUGCAAUUUCACUAUUUGUGAGCAAUAUAUCAAUCUUCAAA